AUGGUUCAAAGGGGACUUUUUAUCAAUAACGAAUAUGUCGACUCUACCAGUAAUGAGGUUCUGGCUAUCUAUUCGCCUCACGACGGUUUUCUCGUGUUGGACGGCGUUCAAGUGGCGUCUAUGGCCGACGUUGACUUGGCCGUUGCCGCGGCUCGUAGUGCUUACCAGGGCGAGUGGGCUGCAUGGACGGCACAGCAGCGGACCCAUGCCAUGAUUCGGUUUGCGGAACUGGUCGACAAGCAUACCCCGGAGCUGGCGGAUUGGGAGUCCAAGAGUAUGGGCAAGCCCAUUACGGCUGCGGCGAGGAGCUUCAAACUGCUGUCGGACUACAUGCGUUACGCGGCUGGCUGGACGGACAAAGUGCCUGGCGAGCAGUGGCCGGAGGAGAACGGCAUAUAUAAAAUUGUUCAGUAUGAACCGGUGGGUGUCUGCGCAGGAGUCGGAGCUUUCAAUGGCCCUCCGUUGUUCUUUGCUCUCAAGGUUGCUCCAGCCAUGGCCACUGGUUGCACGGUUGUAUACAAGAGCUCGGAGAAGAGUCCCAUUGGGCUCUUGCAAUUGGGAGAGCUGAUCAAGGAAGCUGGCUUCCCACCUGGUGUGGUGAACAUUGUCACCGGGGAUGGAACGGUUGGGGCCGCCUUGGCCAGCCACAUGGACAUUGACAUGAUUACUUUGACAGGUUCUAUAGCCACAGGUAAGAAGAUCCAGGAGCUUGCUGCAAAGAGCAACCUCAAGCGUGUGGUGUUGGAGCUCGGUGGGAAGUCCCCAUCCAUAGUGCUUGCAGAUGCCAACAUUGAAAACGCCCUUUACCACCACAGCCAGAUGUUCCUCGUAAACACUGGCCAAGUGUGCUUCGCGGCAACCCGGGCCUUUGUGCACGAAGACAUUGCCGACGAGUUUGUUAGGCAGCUCAAGGAGCGGUUCGAACAGCUCAGCCAUGCUAUAGGCCCUCCUCACGAGCCCUCGACUGUGUACGGCCCCUUGGGCCACGAGGAACACUUCCAGCGCGUCAUGGAGUACAUUGAGAGUGGAAAGAAAGAGGCUACGCUGCUCACUGGCGGGGCGAGAAAGGGCACGAGUGGGUGCUAUGUUGAGCCCACCAUUUUCCUCCACCCUGGCGACGACGCGCGCAUCUACCGAGAGGAGAUUUUCGGGCCUGUCCUCGCCAUCCGCACAUUCAAGACGGAAGAAGAGGCAAUCUGCAUGGCAAAUGACACCAUGUAUGGGUUGGGGGCGUGCAUCUAUACGGCGUCAGUCACGCGUGCGCUCCGGAUGGCCAAGCAGAUCAAGGCGGGCAUGGUGAAUAUCAACACGUCCAUGUCGUCUGGGCUGGAGGCGCCCAUGGGGGGCACCAAGCAGAGUGGGCGUGGAAGGGAAGGGGGUAAGCUGGGGCUGAUGAGCUAUCUGGAGGCCAAGACUAUUUCCAUCAAGUAA